AAAAUGGCGAGCCGAGAAAUGCGCGAUCGUUAGUCGCGUGGGAAGCGUCGGAAGAGCAACGUCGCGUGCUCUACAUCGAGAAAAAGGGAGACAGGCCGGGUACAAACCCUUUCGCUUCCUGCGGCAUUCGACAGAGAGGGAUCCUCAUCGAUCAUUCGCAAUUCGUAUUCGGGCGAUUCUGCAAUGGCAUAGUGAAACAAGUCGGCGAGCAUGUCAACGGACGCCAGCCACCAGACCUCGAGGAAAGCGAUGCUUGAGACCAACAGGAGGUCUGCCAUUAGUACGUCGGAGCUGGGCCUCUAUUCGGAUCGCAGUGAUCGAUACAACAGAAAUCGCUACGGCCUGAUCGUGCGGAAGUUUACGAUCGGCGUUAUGGUGGUGGUAACGGUGAUCCUGGUGGCGAUAUUCAUGUACGACUUCGCGUCAGCCACGUCUGCAAACAGCAAAGUCAACCAAGAGACGAAGCACAUAUACAUCCUGCAGAAUGCCCUGAAGAAGUCGCCGAAUCUCUCGAGGAAGUCAGUCAACUCCACGAUCUUGCCCGAAGCCAUCGUCAAUCAGACGGACACCCUAUUAGCGGAAAGUCGUAGUUCAGAUGAUGCAAACUACAAAAAUUCGACGCAGCAAAACUCGAUAGUGGACCUGACGCUGCCCGAGUCGCGUAUUAUGAGAUCGGGCGAACUCGAGUCUCGCGCACAGAAUUUGCACAAUUUCAAGCAGCGGAAGAGGGUGCUGAAGUCCGUGGAAGAUGACAAGGAAAACGCGGGACCCGAGGGCAAGCAAUUGCUCGACAACCAUGCGGUUGUUUAUCGCGUAAGGCAGAGAUACAAACAUUCCGAUUCAGACGAGGACAUCAGCUCGGAAGAGGCUCGACCGACGCCGUUUCACUGGGAAUUCAAGACGCCGCAUCCGUCCUCGUUCAAACGGCCCAGGUAUCCGCAGCUCUCGCAAUACCGGUAUCCCCAGUCGUCGAGGAAUAUACAGGACAUCAUCAAAUACUUGACGAACGACGCGGAGAUGCCGAAUCGCGGCAUCAAGUUCACCGGCGUCUACGUGAAUCCGAAAAAGUACGACCUGUUCCCCGGCAUAGGAGAAAUGAUGUCCGGCAGUGACAAGUCCGAGGAGGAAGAGGAGCCCCCGUAUCCGGUCACAUACAAUAACGAUCCUUUCUACCAGUACAAACCGAAACAUCCGGCCGACGUCAACCUGUUGGCCACAUCUAACGUGAGGUUCUCGCCGAGCGGCAUACAUCGAUACAGCCCUUAUUACGAUCCCUUGUACUCUCGACCCUUAUUCAAUUACAACAAGCCGAUCGUGACAGAGCCGCAGUAUGAGAACGUGGGUGGAUAUUCGACGAACACCUUGAAGAAUCGGAAGCCGAAGCCGUUCAGCGUGAUGCUUGACAUUUACCCUAUCACCGACAUCAUGGAGCAGAACAAGAAGACGACGUGGCCACUGCCGCAGGCACCCGCGGACGAUUACGACUCCAGGAGGCCUGUGCAUUUCACCAGGGGCCCAAAAUUCUUUGCGUCACCUUCGCAAUCGCCCCUUCCCCUCAUAGCUGUGCCGAGUCCUACAACGUUGUCGGAAGAUGAGGAAAGACAACAGAUGAUAUUCCACUUGAAUCUAUAUCCUCGGAAGAAGAACAAGCUUAACAGACACGACAUCAUUCACAGAUCGGGAUUGAUGGGAUCCGAGGAGCGACAGCAAUUCGCGAAGAAGAUAAUGACACCGUUAGAGUCGAUCGCCAAACAUCUGACCGAUCAUUCUGCGAUAGAGGAGUCCAAGUACGAGGAAAACGAAAAUCCAAAAAUAAGCAACUUGCCUUUAACACGAUAUCACGAGAUCAGCUUGGACGAUAAGGACGAGAAGGAUGAAGGUCUCGAAUUAGAUAAGGAUUCAGAAACCUAUCCAAAUCCGGAUAACGAAGAUCGCGUUGAGGAGAACGUCACCGUGCCUUUAAAUCACAAAAUAAACGCAGAUGAAGAGUACGUCGACACGGAGAAGUACGAGAUCGACCUACAGAAAACUACAGAGCCCACGAAGAACAACUAUGCGAAUUGCAACAACGCGACGAUUAUCGACAGUCCGAAGACCAAAGUGAACAUAAGCGUUGACCUUUCGAAGGAUGUCGAUACUAUCGAAGGAUUUCAACGCUUCAGCGAAGGUCUCUUGCGUUCCGAAUGAGUGGAUAGUAUGAUUUAGGCAAGAGAAUGUCGAGAUCAUCCCAUCAUUUUUAAUGAGAGCUGUUGAAUAUUGUUGAUGUAUAUUGUUGAACGAAAUAUAUUUUUGUAAGGCUUC